GUGCUAACCACUACACCAUAGAACCGAUUUGAUGGUAACAACAAACUAAACAAUAUAGACCUAACUACUAAGUUCCAAUGCUCAAUGAUCUAGUUGGCUAGUCGACCACGCAACACUUAUGCGCCCAUUUCUAGGCUACUAGCAACUUAACGCACACUGAGAAUCACGCUUUUUAAACACACAAAAUCUCAUCACAAUAAAUAAAUAAUUCACACCUCUCCACUCUCCUCCUCGAUCUUGUCAACAACAAUGGCGGAAACCAUCUCCACCUCCAAACCCUACGACGUCAUCAUCUUCGGCGCCUCCGGCUUCACCGGAAAGUACGUUCUCCGUGAAGCCCUCAAAUUCCUCGGUGCCCCCAACUCGUCCCUCAAAUCCCUAGCCCUGGCGGGCCGCAGCCCGUCGCGGCUAUCCGAUGCUCUCAAGUGGGCCGCCGGUCCGAACUCACCUCCCAAGAUCCCUCUCCUCACUGCCGACACCUCGGACCCGAGCUCGCUCGUCCGCAUCGCAGCCCAGGCGAGGAUCGUACUGAACUGCGUCGGCCCGUUCCGGCUCUACGGCGAGCCUGUAGUCGCGGCCUGUGUCGAAUCGGGCUGCGAUUACCUUGACAUCUGUGGAGAGCCCGAGUUUAUGGAGAGGAUGGAGGCUUCGUACCAUGAGAAGGCGACGGAGAAGGGCUCGUUGGUCGUAUCGGCGUGUGGGUUUGACUCUGUGCCGGCCGAGAUCGGGCUGCUGUUUCAUACCAGGCACUGGACCGGGUCUUCCGUGCCGAACCGGGUGGAGGCGUAUUUGAGCUUGGAGUCGGAUAAGAAACUUGUGGGAAAUUUUGGAACUUAUGAGUCGGCGGUUCUUGGGGUUGCUAAUGCGGAUAAACUGGUUGAAUUUAGAAAGUCUCGGCCCAAAAGGGCCCGGCCUGUGAUUCCGGGCCCCCCACCUGGAAAAGGCUCCAUGAUAGAUCACCAUAAGGAACUCGGCCUUUGGGGUCUUAGGCUACCAUCAGCAGAUUCCAUAGUCGUGCGAAGAUCUUUAUCCACUCUUACAGAAAACCCACACGGUUUACCUGGUGUUCACGAAACUGAUGAUAGCCGAAAAAAAAGGGAGGCCUUUUGGUCAUCUGUCAAGCCAGCCCAUUUUGGCGUGAAAUUGGCCUCGAAAUCAUUGCUCGGUUUCUUUCCAACUAUCAUGCUCGGGAUAUUCCUGGGGAUUUUAAGCAAAUUUGCGAUCGGGAGAUGGCUUCUUUUGAAAUUCCCAUCAUUUUUCAGCCUGGGGUGGUUUAGGAAAGAAGGGCCUUCUGAGGAAGAAGUCGAAAGUGCCAUGUUUAAGAUGUGGUUUGUUGGGAAAGGGUUUUCUGACAGUAGCCUUGCAACAAAAUCGGAUAACAAAAAACCCGAUACUGAAAUUAUUACAAGGGUAAUGGGGCCCGAGAUUGGAUAUAUAACUACUCCUAUAAUUCUUGUUCAGUGCGCGCUCGUUUUGUUGAAUGAGCGUGAGAAUCUGCCUAAAGGAGGGGUUUUUACACCUGGGAUUGUGUUUGGGGCCACGGAUCUGGAAAAGGGGCUUCAAGAGAACGGAAUAUCCUUUGAUUUCAUUUCGAAGAAAACUCUUUCAGCUUGACCCGACUCGACUCUUAUAACAAUGUGGAAUUUCUUUUUCCUUAUAUAAUAAUAAGUAUAAUUCAAAACAUUUCUUGUUUCAGGUUUGAAGUAUUUUUAGACUUUUAGUCAUUGAAGAGAAUAGUGUAUGAAACUGUUGGAAAUGAGAUUGAGUUCUGAAUGUGGGUCUAAAAUCUGAUGAUGAUGAUGAUGUUUU